AUGGGUGUCCCCACCCUCGUACAAACCACUUACAUCCCUCCUAAUCACAAUUCAGCAUUGUCAAAUACAGAAGCUAUAGACCUGUACAUCCAAAAAGAACGCGCAGCCCGACGGUACACCGGUCCCUUCGAUCGCGCGAGGCUGGAGAACCUCAUCGGCCCGUUCAGGACCUCUCCUCUA